AUCAUAAAAUUCACAUAUACACACACUCGGUGGUGGGAUUCUCUUUCUCUCAAAGCAGAGAGAGAGAGAGAGAGAGAGAGAGAGAGAAUGCCUUUUGUGGGUCCAAUGUGGCACUAACUCAGGAGUUGUCUUCUUUGGAUGAUCUUCAUUAUUGCUGCUGUUAUUGCCUUCAUUUACUCUUCAAAUCCCUCCAUUUUUUUCUCCAUCCCCUGUUUUGUGUUUUGUCUUCCUCUGUUUUCUCCACCGGUCAUGGCUAAGACAGAUUUAGGAGAUUGUUCCAGAUGGAAUCGUCGUCAUCAUCGCUUGCUCGUAAGCUGGUUCAUUGUGUUUUCUUGCGUGAGAAUCACUUCUCCAUCAACGCAACCAGAUGUGGAAGGCGGAGCUCUGCUGGAGCUUAGAGACGCACUUAACGAUUCAGACAACCGCUUGAAGUGGACACGCGAUUUCGUAAGCCCUUGCUAUAGUUGGUCUCAUGUCACUUGCAGAAACCAGAGUGUUGUUGCUCUGAGUCUUGCUUCUAAUGGAUUUACGGGAACCCUUUCACCAGCCAUCACUAAGCUCAAGUUCUUGGUUACGUUAGAAUUGCAGAACAACAGCUUGUCCGGUUCCUUACCAGAUUACAUCGGAGAAAUGGUGAAUCUACAGACUUUGAACCUAUCGAUGAACAAAAUCAUCGGCUCGAUACCCGCGAGCUGGGGACAGCUCUCUAAUCUGAAGCACUUAGAUCUGUCCUCCAAUAAUCUAAGUGGAAGCAUCCCAGUUCGGUUUUUUCAGAUCCCGACAUUCAAUUUCUCAGGGACUCGUCUCAUAUGCGGGAAUAGCUUGAAUCAGCCUUGUGUUUCGGGUUCUCGUCUUCCAGUCUCGUCCUCCAAAUCAAAACUAAGAGCCAUUACCUUCACUGCAAGUUGUGUUGCUUUCGUAGUUCUGUUUCUUGGAGCCAUCUUUAUGUACCAUCACCACCGUCUCCGCAGAAUCAAACACGACGUUUUCGUGGAUGUUGCUGGUGAAGAUGACAGGAAGAUUUCCUUUGGACAGCUGAAGAGGUUUUCGUUGCGGGAAAUCCAACUCGCGACAGAUAGUUUCAGCGAAAGCAACUUAAUCGGGCAAGGAGGUUUCGGAAAAGUUUACAGAGGCGUGCUUCCGGACAAGACGAAAGUCGCGGUGAAACGCCUCGCCGAUUAUUUCAGUCCCGGGGGAGAGGCCGCGUUCCAGAGGGAGAUCCAGCUCAUUAGCGUCGCUGUUCACAAGAAUCUUCUUCGGCUCAUCGGCUUCUGCACAACCUUCUCCGAGAGAAUCCUAGUCUAUCCGUACAUGGAGAAUCUGAGUGUCGCCUACCGCCUUAGAGAUCUGAAGCCGGGAGAGAAAGGAUUGGACUGGCCGACGAGGAAACGAGUGGCAUUCGGUUCAGCCUCUUCAAAUCCCUCCAUUUUUUUCUCGUUUCUGAAGGCAGCAAAUAUCCUUCUGGAUGAUAACUUUGAACCGGUCCUCGGAGAUUUCGGUCUGGCUAAGCUUGUGGACACAUCAAAAACUCAUGUGACCACCCAAAUCCGUGGCACAAUGGGUCACAUUGCCCCGGAAUAUCUCUGCACCGGAAAAUCUUCGGAAAAGACAGAUGUCUUCGGUUACGGUAUAACCCUUCUCGAGCUCGUGACUGGUCAACGAGCAAUCGAUUUUUCCCGUCUCGAAGAAGAGGAAAACGUUCUUCUGCUCGAUCAUAUAAAGAAGUUACUGAGAGAAGAAAGAAUCCGAGACAUAGUAGAUGGAAACCUGACCUCAUAUGAGCAAAAGGAAGUGGAAACCAUCGUUCAGGUGGCACUGCUAUGCACACAGAGCUCGCCCGAAGAACGACCGACGAUGUCCGAGGUUGUCAAGAUGCUUCAGGGGAUCGGCGGUCUGGCCGAGAGAUGGGCAGAGUGGGAACAGCUCGAAGAAGUCAGAAACCGAGAAUCGUUGUCGCUCCCAUCUCUGCCUGCGGCUUGGGCUGAAGAUUCCACCCUCGAUCAAGAAGCUAUUCAGUUAUCAAGAGCUAGAUGAAGAUUUCUGACACAAUACAAUCUCAGUAGAUUUUUUUUUUUUUUUUUGCAUUCCAGACAAAACUAGUAGUAAGAUGUCUGGACUAGUUAAGUAACAAGCUUCUAACUGUAAUAGAAACAAGAAAGAGGAGUCAGUAUUGUGCAUAUAUGAACAUGUAUGCAUGAAAAACCCCACCGCCUGUAUAAUAGACGAUAGUAUAUAUAUACAUAUAUAUACUUGUUGUA